AUGGAGCCAAGGGACCACGACGGCAGCUAUAGGGAGGAAAUGCACUGGGGAUUCACAAAGAUUCUAGUGGUGUCCAUGCUCUAUGGGCUGAGCCUGGUAUGCAUUUUCCUUGGUCUGAAGCCGUUGUUCGACAUGGACUUCGAGGUCAAGAGCUUUGCAAAUCUUGCCUUUGUUGCAUUCCAUGGAUUCUACAUGUUCAGCUUUAUGGCCGUUCACAGAAAGAGCCAUUUCAUCUUCUGGUCCACAAGUUACAUGCUUUUGAGCGGAACCUCUCUUCUGUUCUACUACUACGAAGACCUGUUCCUGUAA